AUGUUUGGCGUUGGCAAGCAUGGAUACCAGUGCCGAGACUGUUCUAUGGUUGUGCAUAGAAACUGUCACCAACAAGUGAUAUGGAAGUGCUCGGGCAAUAAAGCUGACAGUCCACCUGAAAUAGAAAAUCAAGGACUGGUUGAGGUUUUCCUGGCAUGGUUCAGCAUUGACAUACCACAUCGUUUCUCACCUCAUUUCUAUAAACUUCCGACCUUUUGCGACCACUGUGGUAUGAUGCUACACGGCUUCACCCAUCAAGGUCUACAGUGCUCUGGUUGCAAACUGAAUGUACAUAAACGGUGCCAAGAACAGAGGUCGCCAACAACUUUGGAAUACACGCAAGACAAAUGGCAAGCCGUGCUGGCGUCAAUUGUGACUGUCGAGGGGCAGUGA